GCACAGCGACGACGAGGCGCAGCCGCCCGCCGACAGGGUGAAAUCACUCACGACGAUCCCGACCGCCGUCCAACUAGACACCUGGGAUUAUGAUGCGACGUCCAGGCGCACGAAGGUCACAUUCCCAGUGGACGUGCCGAAGUUCUUGGCGCACUGCUGGCCAUGGCCGAUUUGUUGCAAGAUCGACGGCGACAUGAUCGACCCCAGGACCGCUGAGUUCGACCCGCUCGAGCCACGCAUCAUGCUCGUCGGCGGGGAGUUCCCCGUCAAGCUUGAGACGUCCAGGGCGCGCUUCAUCAGGAGCGUCCUGGGUGAGUUCAUGGGCAAGGGCAGCAACGGCAAGCAAUGCGACGACCUGGGUGACACGUCUGCCUUCUUUUGCGAGAUCACGACGGUUGCCAACGCAAUCGGCGCCCUCUUCGACAUGGAGAAGCUCCUCGACGGCGACGCUGGCGAGAAUGCGAUGAACGACCUCAAGGAGAUCAGCGACACAGAGCACACGUCCAGCGCGAUCAAAUCGGUGGCCCUCGUGGUCGCAAACGUAGACUUAUACCGUGGCCUUCUCGCUACCGCCAUGACCAACGCUGCGAAGAUCAACGAUGCUCGGCCCAAGUACGUGGACACCAGCGCCGAUAUUGACGCGAAGAUGCAGCUUAGCCCCAACGAGCUUGCAUCCGGUGCCGAGGAGAUCCUCAAGAUGCUCCCAGCGGUCAUCUUCCCUGUCCCAGGUCAGUGCGUCAAACGGCUGCGCGACAAGACCAUGAGCAUCAUCUGCCGAGUUGCCCGUAUAGCCAAGGCCGAGGGUGAGAUCGAACGCGGGCAGGAACUAGUUCAGGUGGCGCUGUCAGUAUUGAAACUUGGUGUCUCGUGCUUCCCUAUGGAAACAUGCAUCCCGAAGUGGAAGACAGUGCUCGUCGAGCUGAUGGCCAAGUUGCAGCCCGCGACCACUGCAAAGGCAAUUUCCGAGGGGUUCGGUGGCGUCGAGAACGGCAGCGACGCCAUCGCCAAGCUCGAGAAGAUCGAGAUGCUCGCAGGCGUCAUUUCAUUGACUGGGCUGCCUGAUGAGAUGCAGAAUGAGAUACUGAGCUCACUGAGGUUCAUGUGUGACGGUGCCUUAGCGUCCUACCCAGCUCCAGAGGUCGAUCGCACCGGGCGCGUGAUCGACGAUGUGGCGCAGAGCCUGGGCAUGGACAACGAAACCGAUGAGCAGAAGAUAGCCCACGCCAUGGUGGCUGGGCGCUCCGCCGAUCAGCUGACGCAGACCAUCAACGCGAUGCUUAACGCUGAAGGGCAAGAGCGGCAAGAGGUCGACACUACUUCAACGGCCACGCUGCAAUUCCUGACCGAGCAGCCCACGAACCACUCCAAGGAGAUCGAGAUC